AUGUCAGGCUUUCCGCGAGCAGACGCCGCGGACUUCAGAGAUAUUUACUCCGGUUAUGAGAAUAAGAAUGACUUCUCUAACCUCCCUCUCAUUACUCCAAUACCCUCACGAGCUCCUGUUACACCUCCUACACCCUUAAAGGAUACGAUAUCUUCUCCUCCGGUGAUAUUACCUAUUGAAAAGAAAAAAAGGAAAAAACGUCCACGUUUAUUAAGGCCUAUUCGUACUAUAGAAAAAUCCUCUUCGCCUGGGAAAAAUAAUCCUUUGAAGAUCUCUUUUUCCAAAUUUCACGUGACUCUUCCACGACGAUCCGGAUAUAACAGGAUUUAUGAAAUCCGACGUUCAAGAAGUUUCUUUUUUGAGUUAGAUGAUCAUCCUCAGAACACCAAUGAUAUUCAUCUCAAGAUACACACAAAUGAUUACCACAUGAACACUAAACCGAUUAGUUAUAAUAACACAAGUACAAUUCCGAACGCUAAAUACCAAAUGAGUUGUAUGCUCACACACUUUUUUUCCUCACAAAGAGUGUUGCCACGCCGUAUUCAGCAAAAAUAUUUUAACUACAUACGAGAUAAAUUAUUGGCUCGACAUAUGAUGGUCUAUUCACAUGAUCAUAGUAAUACUGAACGAAAUCGUAUUACGAAAACUUUUUUCUAUUUUACUUAUAAACGAUAUCGUUUUCAUUUUGGGAUAUAUACCCCCUGUCAACAAAGUUUUAUUCACCCUGGAUUCUCUUCGACCCCGCAUAUAUGUAAUAUACCUGUUCCUUUUGUCAUGUCGAAACAUAGACGAGCGUGUGUUAUGCAUCAACGACAAUUUUUUAGUGAUAUACUACAUCACAAAUCAAAAGAUCCUGUCUCCAAUCCUGAUGGCAUAGUUAAUAGUAAAGCUUUUCAUGCCAAUUUAAUCUACGAUCGAUGGAAAGGUCGCACGAAAAAAUCAGUCUUUUCAAAUAGACUAGGUAUAUCAUAUCAAGAAGCGAUACACGCUAGAGAUGUUCAAUCUGUUUUAGAAUACGGUGUCACCCCCGUCUGCCACCCGGCGGUAAACAAAGUUCCCUGCUUCUGUUAUAUGUGCUCUCAGCGAAACAUUAACAUUCUUGCUUGGUUUAGUUCUAUUACUACUUAA